AUGGAGCAAGCUGAUUGGAAAGGGCGCUUUUAUCUGCAAGAUGGUCGAGAGGCGCAGGGGUGCUGCCCCAGAAUUCAGAAAGCCCCGAAGCUGGUCUGGCCGAAGUCGAUAGCUGCUGUAGACGAAUCUUCAGCGCAACUUGGCUUAUUCGACGGGAGUACCUUAGCUGGUCACAUUUUGUUGACAGGAAACUACAGGGGCCUGCGGUAUUUUGACUUCUUUGACCACAGAGCAGAACAGGAUGAGAAAGAGAGGGCCAAUGACGUCCCAGCUUUAGGCUUAAAAGAGAACGAUGGCCAAGCCGAGGAGACAUGUUUCUCCACGAAGGAGAUUUCAGGGCCGUCUGGGAAAAGUUAUCCUGCAGAGUUCCAAAAUCACAGCAUUCAUCCUGGUGAUGUUCCUGGUUCCAGCAGGAUUCUUUCUCUCAACCUCCUCAAGGUCGGGAAGGCAAGACUCAGGCAUACAUUCCAAAAGCCCUCGGCAUCUCUUGCAACAAGCGGAGGUGCAGCCCAGGUUUUCAAACCUCGUCAGAUCCCAACUCUCGACGAGAAGAUCGAGGCCGGAAUGGGAAUGGAAGACGUCGUCGAGCACUUCAUCGACUCUGAGUACAACAUCGACGUGCCAAUCCUCCAGUCCUUGCUGCAGCGAGCCAUUAAAGCAGUUGACUCGGCCGAGGAAACGGUAAGUAAGGAGUGGGGCCCGGGUAUGCUGGAGUACUCUACUCUAGAUGCUGGUUCGGUGGAGGAAAGCGCUCCAGCGAAGUCAGAGGGUUCGAGCGCAGAAGGGGGACUUGGCGAAGCAGUAAUGUGGAUGGCCAUGGCCUCAGACAGCAGUGUAGGGGCAGGUGCUUUGAAGGGCACAUUUACCACCACCAAAAAGAGUCCGCCUAAGCAAAAGGGGGGGAAGCUGCCAGACAGAAAGGAAGCUGUCCAGACCUUUUUGUUUGACACUCCCGUGCAAGAGCAAAGCCCGCGGGUCCAAGCUACCAAGCGGGGCCGGGGGGGCAAGACAGUGACUGUGGUCGGCGGUCUUAAACUCAAGCCGGAAAGCUUGGAAGCUCUAGCGAAGCAACUGAAGGCCCUUUGUGGAGCUGGCGGUGCUGUCAAGGAAGGAUGUGUUGAAAUUCAGGGCGAUCACACAAAAUCGAUAAACGAGAAGCUGAUCUCACUGGGCUACAAGUCAAAGGUGAGCGGAAAAUGAUUGGAGAGAAAGCACCCAUGUGUAGCGGACAGCACGCGCACGGUAUUGUGAAGGACAAGAGGGAGCGGAGAACAGUUUUUGAAGGCAGGUACAAGGUCCGUACGUUUUGGAAGGCUCUACUGCAAGGGACAAAUAUCUAGGGCCUCCGACUCAGUUGUUUCUUGGAAAGCAACCGACGAGGUUGUGUCUUGUGUCCCCUUUCUAGCCACUCGGCCGUAGUUCCUUACUUCCGACAAGAGUGGGCUUUAUUUGAGCUCGACAGUGGUCUACAAUUAAGUCAAACUUCGUUGGAAACCGUCUCAUGUUGAGCUGCUUUCGUUGUGAAGUUCAGUGCCUCAUAAAUUCAAACGGAAUCUUAAUCAAUCUACAAUCGUCAUGUUUGGCAACCCAAGACUUCUUUAAGCGGCCUGCACUUGUGUGUC